CAUGCCGUCAGUGUUAGAUGUGGGCCGUGGCAUACUGAAAUUAUAUGACUGCACUAAUUGACAGAUGCAGGGAUGCGGAAAGGGUGGAUCGAGCUCGUAAAUCUGUCACCAUCAGAGCGCGCCUGGACCGGAAAAAUCUUGAUGGGGGAGUGGAAUGUAUUAAAAGAUCCAAGCCGGUCAAAAGCCUAACGAAACGUUUUUGAUACCAGCUGCUUCGAAAUUUAGCCUCAUACGACCAGCUAAUCGUGGAACAUGCGCCGUUGUUGCUCAGUAUUUGCAUUUCUUCCACUCCUUUGUGGACUUUCAUUCACAACGCCGCUCCAGAGAAUGUCUUUUGGGCCGUACCCACAAAGAGAUCAAUCAUUUCCUGCACCGCAGUUCUCUCGGACAGUUAAAAUAGGAAUAACGUUGGAGGGCAAUCGAAAUGAGCAGUUUUUGGAACAAGCGCUGCGUUUCGCUAUCAUGGAGAUUAAUCUUAUGCAGAAUGAUUUCCAUUUCGCUCCAAUAGUUAACUACGUCGAAUCGGGGAAUUUACUGAAAACAUCCCGAACUUUCUGCCGUUCCGUGAAUCAGGGCGCAACCAUACAGUUUAUUCCAACGGAUGCCGCGGCUGCCACGCUCUUUCAAUCAGCAUGCGACCGGUUGGAUCUCAUGUGCAUGGACAUACAUCAACGUGAUCCCACGUUCUCCGUGCCAACCUUUUCAUUACAACCGGACAAUCGUUUGAUCGGGAUAGCCAUUACCGAUAUUCUGCGGCAUUACGGCCUUAAUCAAAGUGCAGCUAUUGUGGAUGGACAUGAAGAUGUUCCUCGGCUUGACUCGAUUAUUUGGUAUGGAGCACAGCAUAACAUAUCCAUUGAAGUAUUUUACAAAAAUACCUCCUCUUAUCGGCCUUUAUUGCGGCAUCUUCGGUCCGAACAGAUUUUCGUUUUUCUCGUAGCCAUACGCGAUUCACAGGUGUCGGAAUUCGUGGAAAAUGUUUUUCAGUUAAAUAUGCACGAUUCGGCAUACACUUUUGUGUUUAUGGGGCUGAAUGUCCUUUUGGAUGAUCUGACGGAUGUGUCCUUUAUUGGACUGAACCUGUUGACACUCAGUCCCAUCGACGUGGUCAACUACCUGAAUUCACAGAAGAUGACACAAAUGAUCGCUUAUGCCGAAUCCAACGGUGUUCGUUUGAAUGGUCCCGAACACGAUCACGUCCCUAACAUUAUUCCGAUGGAAGCAGCGUUCUUGUACGAUACUCUGCAUCUGCUAGCGCGAACGCUUGACCAUCUUGCGCCCUUGCCGGAUGAUUUCUUCGAGCCGGUUUCAUGCGAAAAGUCUUCCCGAUGGGCGUACGGAAGUAGUAUACUGAAUUACCUGUACACGGUGGGCACUGAAGGUCUCACCGGAAAUAAUCAACUGAAAAACGCUGAUCAGCGUGAUUACAGCCUACAUGUAAUGAAAUUAAUGGAAACCGGCUUAACCAACGUUGGAGCAUGGCAUUCAAAAACUGGUCUGGAAAUUUUUGCAUCCAUAUUGACAUCUGAUUCCCGCCAGAACACCGUCAGAGUGCGUGCUGGGACAGCGGAAGAUCCUUUUAUGGUUGCCACUGUACUGCAAGAACCAUUUCUGAAGCUCAAAGAAGAAUUCAAAAAGGAGCUGGCUAUGAAAAAUCAAACCGUUGAUAUUAAAAAGAUAACAAAAGAUCACGUGGAAGGGUUUAUUAUUGAUCUGAUGGACAAGCUAGCGGCUGCUGUAAGGAAGCCGGAAGGCGCACCCUUCGAGUACAAUAUCUACAUUGCACGGGAAUUCGGUGUGUUAGAUGAGUUUACGGGUGAAUGGAACGGGAUCGUUAAAGAUUUAUUAGACGGAACAGCGACGUUUUCGGUGGCCCCGUUUACCAUUACUGCCGAAAGAGAAGCUUACAUUUCUUUUACGAAACCAUUUAUGACGACUGGGAUCGGCAUCUUGUACCAGCAACCCCGUGGAUCAGCACAGAAUCUGUUUGCCUUGAUGCGAUCCCUGUCGGCGGAAUUGUGGUUGAGCUCGUUUGGUGCGGCGCUUAUUAUCGCUCUAUCCAUGUGGUUGAUUGCCCGCUUUUCUCCGUUGGAAUGGGACAACCGGCAUUUAUGCACCGGAGUGGAAACCCGCUUUGCUGUCAAUGCUUUCAACCUGCGCAACAGUGUGUGGUUUUCGGUCUGCAGUUUAAUGAUGCAAGGUUGUGAUAUAAAUCCAAGAGCGGUUUCCACAAGAGUGUUGGGUGGAGUUUGGUGGUUUUACACAUUAUUCCUAAGUGCGCAUUUCAUUGCCAAAUUAGCAUCGGUUCUGACCGUGGAGAAAAUGACCGUCCCGUUUUCUACUGUGGAUGAGCUGGUCGCGCAUGCGGAAAUCAAAUAUGGGAUAUUAGGCAACGGAUCCACGUAUGAAUUUUUUCGUGGGUCCCGUGUGGACAUAUACCGAGAAAUGUUUGAAAAAAUGAACUACAGUGUUCCCAGCGUCUUUGUUGCCGAUUAUAAAGAAGGUGUCGACCGUGUAAUGAGCGAACAGUAUGCGUUUUUAAUGGAGGCAUCCGAAAUUGAUUAUCUCGUGGAAAGAAACUGCAAUGUGACCCGCAUCGGCGGCACGCUAAAUACCAUUCAAUAUGGCAUCGGCACAGCAAAAGGAUCGCCCUGGACUGACAAACUAUCCGAAGAAAUUCUGAACAUGAUUGAGCAGUCCACGAUACCCGAACUGGUGGAAAAAUGGUGGAAACGGGGUAGCAUAUGCGUAAAAGAAGAAAAAUCCACUGGUCCAUCGGCAAUUAACAGCACUUUGGUCGGCGGAGCGUUCUUACUGCUAGCCAUGGGGUUGAUUUUGGCUAUUUUAAUGGCAGUUGUGGAGUUUAUCUGGAAUGCACUACAUAACGCUCACAUUGAAAAGAAAUCUCUAUGGGCUGAAUUCUUAUUAGAACUGCGUUAUGCAUUGAAAUUCAAAUCGUCUUCCACGCGGCCGGUUCUUCAAAAGGUUUGCCCAACUUGUGGAGUGGAAAUGCACUCGAUCGCUGCGGCACAGUCACAUGAACACAGAGAUUACACCCCGAUGAUGUUCCUGAACAACGCAAUCAAAAGAAGUGCUUCGAUAUUCGGAUAGGGAAAAAUCAUAAACAAUAGCCCAUACACAGCAACGAUGGUUAUUGGUUUUCUUUAUUAGUAUUUACAACAACGGUACUGGUAUCACUUUUAUCCUUGAGCUUUGGCACAUCAACACGCUCCUCAUCCGUGCUCGGCUUGAUGGUUUCCCGAUUUUUACUUAUAAACAUUAAAAUCAUAAGAGAAGGUAAAUAGAUUAAACUGUAGC